UCACGAGCAUUUAACAAACCGAAUCGGGAUUUUCCUUUAGCCAAGACAUGGCGAAACCGGCCGAGAGAGCGUAUUACCGCUUUGUUGUUCUGUUCUUCAACUGUAUGCUGACGUUUGGCUCGUAUUUCUGCUUCGACAUCCCGAGCGUGCUACAGGAGCAGUUUCAGGGGAAUCUGACCUGUCCAAACAGUACUGUGAGUAAUGGGAGCGCGUGUGUGGAGGGACUGGGGAUGACACCUCAAGAAUACAACCUGCUCUACGCCAUCUACGCCUGGACUAAUGCGGUGGUGGUGAUCAUUGCUGGGUUCCUGAUUGAUAAACUGGGAAAUCGCUUUGGAGUGUUCCUGUUCUCUUUUCUGACUGUGCUGGGAUCAGCCAUCUUCGCCCUGGGGUCUCAUUUUAAAGGGACAGAGUACCUCCUCCCUCUAAUGCUAACUGGGCGACUGCUCUUCGGUUCCGGGAACGGCUCUCUCACCAUUGUCCAGAACCGGAUCACGGCCUUCUGGUUCCGUGGGAAGGAGCUGGCCUUGGCGUUCGGACUGACUCUGGCUUUCUCCAGAUUGGGCUCUGUUCUCAACUUUUUCUUCACACAAAGAUUUGAGGCUCAGUACGGCAUGCAGUGGACACUGUGGGGGGGCGCGUUGCUGUGUGUGAUGGGGUUCCUCUCUGCGGUGACGGUCAGUUCUCUGGAUAAAGUGGGGAUGAAACAGCUGGGACUCGAUGGCGUCAUUCAGGAGGAAUCUCGCCAAGUGAGGGUACAGGAUGUGAAGUUACUCUCUCUUAGGUACUGGUUGCUGGUUCUCACCAUCAUGUUCUUCUACAAUGGCAUCUUCCCCUUCAUUGCAGAUGCCAGUAAGUUUAUCCAGGAUAAAUACAGUGGUUACAGUCAGAAGGAAUCUGCCUAUAUCGCUGGAGCGGUUUACGACAGCUCACUGGUCCUGUCUGCUAGUAUUGGCAUUCUCAUUGAUUAUGUAGGCAUGCGUGGUAUAUUUGCAGUCAUGUGUGCUGUUCUGACUCUGCCUGUGUUCGGGCUCUUGGCCUUCACCUUUGUCCCGCCCCUCGUCUGCACCAUCUGGCUCGGAGUCACUUACUCAUUCGCUGCGGCGAGCAUGUGGCCGUCGAUCCCAUUGGUGGUUCCCCAGGCAACGCUGGGCACAGCGAUGGGAUUGGCCACAUCUGUCCAGAUGAUCGGCAUUGGGAUGUCCAACCUUAUAGUGGGACAGAUACUGGGAACUAAGUCUAGUGAUGCUAAGAUCCCGCUGUGGCGUUGGCAGAGGAUGAUGUUAUUCAUGUUAGCCAACACCAUCAGCUGUAUCAUCACCUCCAUCCUACUCAACAUCGUCGAUCACAGACAGGGGGGAACUCUGAAUAAGACCACCAAGCGAUCUGGCGCUGAGACCAGAGGAGGAGCGGACAGAGAGGCCCUGGUGCAGGAGGAGAGAGAUGGGCAGGGAGAGGAGGAGGAGGAGGAGGAUGAAGGGCUGACCUCCUCACCCUCUAUUAACAGAACCUAGACGACUCUCUCGUUUCCUCCCUCUCUCUUUAGCGUUGUCCUUCUGAGGAUCUUUCUCUCCUCUUCGGUUUUCGCGCAGUCAUGUGAUCUUGUGCCGUCUGACUCUUUAAAGAGAGGGUUUUAAAUGGCCAGUAAAGGGGCGGGAUGCUCUUCCUCACAGCGAAUCAGAAACCAGCAGAGUAUUCAGCCUCACUUCAGAUAACAGAGGGUUUUCUACGGAUGCACUGUGUGUGUCCACUGUAUCAAGAUGUUUAAGGCUUUUAGAUUUAUGCAUGUACGUCCCCAUUAUUUACACACACACGCACACACACACACACACGCACGCACACCCACGCACACAGAGAGAGAGAGGGAGAGAGAGAGAGAGAAACAUACGACACUGCCAACUUCUGAUUCAUAUUACAUUUCCGUUAACUCAUAACCAGUUUUUGUGAUUUACGUGAGAACUGAUGUGUUAUUAUCUGAUCUGUAACAGAGUGGGAACUGAUGUGUUAUUGUCUGAUGUGUAACAGAGUGAGAACUGAUGUGUUAUUGUCUGAUGUGUGACAGAGUGAGAACUGAUGUGUUAUUGUCUGAUGUGUGACAGAGUGAGAACUGAUGUGUUAUUGUCUGAUGUGUGACAGAGUGAGAAGUGAUGGAUUAUCUGAUGUGUAACAGGGUGAGAACUGAUGGAUUAUCUGAUGUGUAACAGGGUGAGAAGUGAUGGAUUAUCUGAUGUGUAACAGGGUGAGAAGUGAUGGAUUAUCUGAUGUGUAACAGGGUGAGAAGUGAUGGAUUAUCUGAUGUGUGCUGAAUGAGUUUGUAUGAUGUGUUCUCAGUGUAUUGUUGCCCUCUGUAUGAGAGCAUGUGAUUGGAUGAAUGUGUGCCUUGUCUUAAACCCCUCUGUAUGAGAGCGUGUGAUUGGAUGAACGUGUGCCUUGUCUUAAACCCCUCUGUAUGAGAGCCUGUGAUUGGAUGAAUGUGUGCCUUGUCUUAAACCCCUCUGUAUGAGAGCGUGUGAUUGGAUGAAUGUGUGCCUUGUCUUAAACCCCUCUGUAUGAGAGCCUGUGAUUGGAUGAACGUGUGCCUUGUCUUAAACCCCUCUGUAUGAGAGCCUGUGAUUGGAUGAACGUGUGCCUUGUCUUAAACCCCUCUGUAUGAGAGCCUGUGAUUGGAUGAAUGUGUGCCUUGUCUUAAACCCCUCUGUACGAGAGCGUGUGAUUGGAUGAAUGUGUGCCUUGUCUUAAACCCCUCUGUAUGAGAGCGUGUGAUUGGAUGAACGUGUGCCUUGUCUUAAACCCCUCUGUCUGAUUCUUUAUGCCACUCUUCUCUCAGAAGCCCUGAUCACACACCGGACAACACUAUGUAGGGUUUAAACCUCAUCUAAACCAGUGUGUCCAUCUAAACCAGUGUGUCCAUCUAAACCAGUGGACAUGUUAAAACUGUGUGGUUGAACUGUGUGGUGUACCAAACUCGCUAGAACUACCGUGUUGUCAGUGCUGGUCUGUCACUUAGACAUGUAAGGGACAUAGGGAAGAAAUACAGGUGGUUGGGCAAAGGGCCAUUAUGUUUGGUGGCAUUGAUCUGCCUGUGGAAACUGUUUUUUAAAACUAU